AUGCGGUGGCUGUGGCCGCUGGCCGUCUCCCUCGCUGUGGUGUCGGCGGCGGGGCCCGGCGGGGUCCCCGGGGGCGGCCCCCUGCACCGGGGCGGGCGGCGGGCCGCGACCCAGGAGCCGCCGAGCUGGUCCCGGCGUGGCGCCGAGGAGGAGGGGGCCCAGGGCGUGCAGCAGCACGUGCCCGAGGAGGGGGCAGGCCGCCCCCGGCCCAUCCGCCCCGCCGGCCCGCAGCCCACCCAGCCCCCGGUGGCCGCCAGCCCCGACCCGGGCCGGGCCGGGGGCGCGCGGGGUGGCGGGCAGGAGCCUCGGGACAGCGUGACGGGGCCGCCCGGCCGGCGGCUGCAGAUCCAGAACCCCCUGUACCCAGUGACCGAGAGCUCCUACGGGGCCUACGCCGUGCUGCUGCUGGCGCUGGUGCUGUUCGCCGUGGGCAUCGUGGGCAACCUGGCGGUCAUGUGCAUCGUGUGGCACAGCUACUACCUGAAGAGCGCCUGGAACUCCAUCCUGGCCAGCCUGGCCCUCUGGGACUUCCUGGUCCUCUUCUUCUGCCUCCCCGUCGUCAUCUUCCACGAGCUCACCAAGCAGAGGCUGCUGGGCGACGUGUCCUGCCGGGCGGUGCCCUUUGUGGAGGUCUCCGCCCUGGGCGUCACCACCUUCAGCCUCUGUGCCCUGGGCAUCGACCGCUUCCACGUGGCCACCAGCACCCUGCCCAAGGCCAGGCCCAUUGAGCCGUGCCCGUCCAUCCUGGCCAAGCUGGCGGUCAUCUGGGUGGGCUCCGUGGCGCUGGCCGUGCCCGAGCUCCUGCUGUGGCAGCUGGUGCGGGAGCCCGGCCCCGCUGCGGGCGCCGUGGACACGUGCGUCAUGAAGCCCUCGGCCCGCCUGCCCGAGUCCCUCUACUCGCUGGUCUUGACCUACCAGAACGCCCGCAUGUGGUGGUCCUUCGGCUGCUACUUCUGCCUGCCCGUCCUCUUCACGGUCACCUGCCAGCUGGUGACGUGGCGGGUGCGGGGCCCGCCGGGCAGGAAGCCGGCGUGCCGGCCGGGCCAGCACGAGCCGCGCGAGGGCCAGCUCAGCAGCACCGUGGUGGGCCUGACCGCCGUCUACGCCCUCUGCACCCUCCCCGAGAACGUGUGCGGCGUCGUGGCCGCCUACCUCUCGGCCGCGCUCACCCGCCAGACGCUGGAGCUCCUGGGCCUGGUCUCGCAGUUCUCCACCUUCCUCGAGGCGGCCGCCACGCCCGUGCUCCUCCUGUGUGUGUGCCGGCCGCUGGGCCGCGCCUUCCUGGACUGCUGCUGCUGCUGCUGCGGGGGCGCCGGGGGCGCGGCCGCGGGCGGCCCCGACGCCAAGCUCCGGACGGAGCUGUCCACCUCCGUCUACUUCCACAAGCCCCGGGAGACGCCGCCGCUCCUGGCCCUGGGCACGCCCUGCUGA